GGGUGCCGCAUGAGGGGCCGCAGGGGCGACCGCAUGACCAUCAACAUCCAGGAGCACAUGGCCAUCAACGUGUGCCCUGGGCCCAUCCGGCCCAUCCGGCAGAUCUCCGACUACUUCCCCCGCCCGGGACCAGGACCCGAAGGCGGGGGCAGGGAUUUCAGGGAGGCCCCUGCCCGCCUGGCACCCCUGGCCCUGGCCCCGCCUGCAGCCCUCCUUGGGGCCACCACGCCCGAGGACGGAGCGGAGGUGGACAGCUAUGACUCGGAUGAUACCACCGCCCUGGGCAUGCUGGAGUUUGACCUUCUCUACGACCAGGCCUCCUGCACUCUGCACUGCAGUAUCCUCAGGGCCAAGGGCCUCAAGCCCAUGGAUUUCAAUGGCCUGGCUGACCCCUAUGUCAAGCUACACCUGCUGCCUGGGGCCUGCAAGGCCAAUAAGCUAAAAACUAAGACUCAGAGGAACACGCUGAAUCCCGUGUGGAAUGAGGAUCUGACGUACAGUGGGAUCACGGAUGAUGACAUCACCCACAAGGUGCUCAGGAUCUCCGUCUGUGACGAGGACAAGCUGAGCCACAAUGAAUUCAUCGGGGAGAUCCGAGUACCCCUCCGCCGCCUCAAGCCUUCACAGAAGAAACAUUUUAACAUCUGCCUUGAGCGCCAGGUCCCGCUGGCUUCACCCUCCUCCAUGUCAGCGGCACUGAGGGGCAUCUCCUGUUACCUGAAGGAGCUGGAGCAGGCCGAGCAGGGGCCCGGGCUGCUGGAAGAGCGCGGGCGCAUCCUGCUGAGUCUUAGCUACAGCUCUCGGCGCCGGGGGCUGCUGGUGGGCAUCGUGCGCUGCGCCCACCUGGCUGCCAUGGAUGUCAACGGCUACUCUGACCCCUACGUCAAAACGUACCUGAGGCCUGACGUGGAUAAGAAAUCCAAGCAUAAAACCUGUGUGAAGAAGAAGACUCUUAAUCCGGAAUUUAAUGAGGACUUCUUCUACAAGAUGGAGCUCUCUGCUCUGGCCACCAAGACUCUGGAAGUUACAGUGUGGGACUACGACAUCGGCAAAUCCAACGACUUCAUCGGUGGCGUGUCCCUGGGACCCGGGGCCCGGGGCGAGGCCCGGAAGCACUGGAGUGACUGUCUGCAGCAGCCGGACGCAGCCCUGGAGCGCUGGCACACCUUGACCAGUGAGCUGCCCCCCGCCGCCGGGGCCCUGCCCUCAGCCUGAGUGGGCGGCAGCUGCCCGGCAUGGGCCCCGCGGGGCCAGGACCCAACCUCCGCACGAGUGUGUUGCACGUUUACACGGGGUGGAUGCCCCGCCCCCCACUACCUGUCUUAUUUUGUGAGUCUCCGUGACCGUGGGUCUGUCCUCUCAUGAGGGGCCGUGGACAUCUAUAUUCACAUAUGCAAACUUCCUCCUGCCUGACUCGCUCCCUCGCAGAUAUGCAAACACCCGGCCCAGGGCACGCCCGCAGGGGGCCGCCACGCCUCUCUCCUGCCCCUCCAGGCUGCCCCGUCCCCCUCGGCCCACAGGGAGGAGGUCGGAUUCGGGGGGGUUCGGAGGAGGGGAAUGUCUC